AUGUUUUCCACAAAAUCCGCCCAGUCGCUGCGGCGGCUCUUCGCCGGCUACCACGAGCCGCUCCCGUUGUCGAAGCAGCAGUCGCAGAAACUCCUCGACGGCCUCAAGGCCUCGUUUCGAAACCAGCUGGAUCUCGAGUACGGACGAGGGUCGGAGAAUGCCCUGGCCACGUCCAAGGUCACCGGCGAGGACCUCCAGAUCCGACACUCGGCGGCAACCCAGCAUCUCAAAUCGAUACUGUCGAAUCCGCUCUUCAGCUACAAGAUGGAGUCGCCGGCACAGUCCCUUAUGGCUCCUCUAUCCGUUCCCAGACGAGAUCCUAUGGAUGUGUUCGACCACGCAGUCGCCCGAGGCAUGAUGACGCUAAAGGCUGCCACCGGGUGUCUUGUCGCCAAGAAGCAGCUGCUCUCCGACUCCGCCGCCGACCUCGCCUCCUCAGAAACGGCUUUGCGCAUGGUUCGCUGGCUCCGCUCGUCGGGCGCCGAUGGCGACCUCGCCUUUCUGGACAACCAAGCUUUCGUUCGGGCCCUGACCCCAUUCCUGGUGGCGGAGGGCUUGGAGAAUGCAGCCUGGGACUGGAUCAGCCGUACCAUCAAUGACGCCACGGCACCCUGGGACAACGAUUUGCGUACGAAGAGGGCGUCUUUCGUGCUUGCCGAGCUUGUACGGACGAAGAGCCAGCCUCAGUAUGGCGAUUUGGACGCCGCCAUCCAGACGAUCCUGGAUGCGGAACAUCGCUUCCAGAAGAGUCCCUUGCUGCCCGAUCUACUCGUGCUGCCGUGGAGAUCAGUAUCGUGGCUCUCCACCGUGGAAUCAUACAGCAGAACUGCUCCUUCGGAGAAGUUGUUUGACGCCCACAUGGCGACGGCAGAUCUCCUCCGGCGACCGUUCACGGUCGAGAAGGCACACCUGCAACUACACCACCCCACACACCCUGACCACACGGCGGCGAUGCACUUCUUCCAGGACCGCAAAAAGUUGCGAAAGCUGGUCCACCGGCUGAGCCCUGAAAAGCUCGACCUGGCCAAGCUCAAGGGCAUGAGCAUUAUCCCGUGGAUCGCCUUUCUGGGCCACGACACCGUCAACCACCUCACGCAGUCGGGAAGGAGUCAGGAGGCUGAGGACGUUUCGGAGCUGCUACGGUCUGAGCUGUCGGAUGUAUUUCCCGAGACGUUGAGCCCGACGUGA